GCAGCUACCUUAAAUAUGCGUGCGUGAGAUGGCUGCUUGUUUUCAGAACGGUCGCUUUCAGUUGUGAUUUUAUAUUAUCUGCGCUUGGUUGACACCGUCCUUCUCGCCAUGGCUUAUAACGCGGACAGUGAGGUUAGCUUGAUAGCAGCUGCUACGCAGUUCCUCAUGUCUUCUUUGUGGUCGCGAGCAGUGCUCCUUGUACUUGUUAGUUGCCUGAUCGUCAACGAGAUAAAAUACCAUCAAAGAACUCCUGCCAAUGUCCUCCCAGUCCGCUUCCCCGCGGUAUAUCUCCCGCUCAUCUCAUCCUGGAUCGCGGCCGCUCGCUUUAUGAGAGAUCCGUCCGGGUCGCUUCGUGAGGCCAUGGCCCAGUCGAAAAACGGACUGCUACGCAUUGCAACCCUCCAGGGUGAAUUCAUUCUCGUGACGGACCGGCACAAGGUCGCCGAGUAUCUCAGAGCUCCAGACACUGUCCUGAAUGCCCAGGAUGGAUCCAAUGACCAACAGCAGAUACCUUUUACCAUGGGAUAUGGAGUUGGCCACCGGACCUACCACACUGCCGUUGUUCGCGGGCCUGUCACGCAGAAAAUCGUCCCCAACACUCCAAUGAUGCUUGACGAGGCGUCAAGGGCCUUUGAUGACCUGAUUGGCGCCCCUGAUGAGGAGACGCCGAUUCCGCUCUACGGGGUGAUUGCCAUGACAGUUGCACGGAUAGCGAACCGGAUAUAUGUCGGAACCGAACUGUGCCGGAACCAGGAGUUUCUGCGAAAUGCCACCGACUAUGCUGAAGCCGUAGUUUUAUCCGCCGAGAUCCUGCGCAUCUUCCCGGAAUGGAUGAAGAGAUUCGUAGUGCAGAUCCUCCCCGUGACGUUCUAUCGUCGGCAGGGUCGUCGGUGGUUGGGGCCACUCAUCCAGGAUCGUCUCGACGGCAAAAAGGCGGAUGACUUGAUCCAGUGGCUCAUUGACGCCGCCCCGCCCAUUGAGAGGACUGUUCCUCAGUUGGCAGAGCGUAUCAUGGCCCUGAACGUGGCCUCGAUCCACACUACCACCAUGACAUUCACCGCUGCCUUAUACACCCUGGCUGCUGAACCGACCAAGUAUGUUUCAGCGCUCCGCGAAGAAGUGAUGGCGAACCUCGAGGAGGGCAAGAUCACAGCAUCAACACUCAGCAAGCUCCCCAAAAUGGAGAGUUUUCUCCGCGAAUCCGGUAGAAUCAAUACUCUGGGACUGAUGGCCAUGCAACGCAACGCCCGCAGGGAAUUCAGAUUCUCUGACGGAACUGUCAUUCCCCCAGGCGCGAAGCUCGGAUCACCCAGUCUCUUCCUCCACCGCGACCCUGCUGUCCACGAGAACCCGGAGGCCUUUGACUGGUUGCGGUUCUACCAUCCACCACCCCAAGCACAAGAUGACGGCACACCAACCGAGACUGUCCAAGCCAAACCAAAGACCAUGCUGAACACUGAUACCAACUUCCAUCUCUUUGGGCACGGCAGACACCCGUGUCCCGGGCGGUAUCUGGCCGUACAUGAAAUGAAACUCAUGUUCGCUCUGCUACUACUACGGUAUAAUAUUCAACUCGUGCCGGGAACUGCGCCGCAGCCGUUCUUCAUCGGAACAAUGCCGAUACCAGACACGAAGCUGGAGGUCCUUUUCACGACUAGGAGGUGA